AUGGCUCAUGAAGACAUCCUACAGCCAGUGAUGAACAACCUGCAGCCAGGGAUGAACUUCAGCACUGAAGGAAACCAAGUGGGAAAGGUCCUUAUGCCACGGAUUGGUUAUACCAUACUUGCAAUCAUAAUGGCAAUAUUUUGUGCCGCUUCUCUAGUCCUCAACAUCACUGUCAUCAUGGUGACAAUUAGGUAUCGUCAGUUAAGACAUCCCAUCAACUACUCUUUAGUUAACCUCGCAAUCGCUGAUCUAGGAGUGACUAUCCUGGGAAGUCUCCUGACUGUUGAAACCAAUGCUGUUGGCUACUUUAACCUUGGAAGGGUAGGUUGUGUCAUUGAAGGAUUUGCUGUGGCAUUUUUUGGAAUUGCAGCACUUUGCACAAUCGCAGUUAUAGCUGUGGACCGUGUGUUUGUAGUAUGUAAACCCAUGGGGACCUUAACGUUCACCCCAAGGCAGGCUUUGGCUGGUAUUGCUGUAUCCUGGAUCUGGUCCCUCAUUUGGAACACACCACCCCUCUUUGGUUGGGGCAGCUAUCAGUUGGAAGGUGUUGAGACAUCCUGUGCCCCUGACUGGUACAGUACUGACCCUGUUAAUAUGUCCUACAUCAUCAGCUACUUCUCCUUCUGCUUUGCCGUCCCGUUUCUCAUCAUCGUGGUCUCCUAUGGAUAUCUUAUGUGGACUCUACGACAGGUGGCCAAACUCGGGGUGGCAGAAGGAGGAACCACUAGCAAGGCUGAGGUGCAAGUGUCUCGCAUGGUCCUAGUGAUGAUUAUGGCAUUCCUCAUCUGUUGGCUCCCAUAUGCAGCUUUUGCAAUGAUGGUUGUGGUAAAUCCUGGCAUGUAUAUCAACCCAGUUAUAGCCACCGUGCCGAUGUACCUGACCAAAACCAGCACUGUCUAUAAUCCAAUUAUAUACAUAUUUAUGAACAAGCAGUUCCAGGAAUGUGUAAUCCCUUUUCUAUUCUGUGGGAGGAACCCAUGGGCCAUUGAGGUAUCUACAGGAGAGACAAUAACCUUUAACACCAGCAGUUCUGCUUCCCGAAAAGGACAAGUCUCCCCCGCAUGA